CGGCGGACGGAGGGAGGCGGUGGCAGGCCCAGCCCCGGUCGCAGCGCCCGGGGCGGCUCCUCCUAGAGCCUGGGACCGCCGCGCUCCCGCCGCCGCCGCGCGCUGGCGUGACUCCCGGCCCGCGCCGCGCCCUCCCGCGUCUGCAGCCGGCUCGGCUUCCUGCCCGCCCAGACGCCGCUCCUCCCGGGCUCCUGGUCUCGGCUCCGCGCGGAGGGAGAGGAAAUGAGUUCGGUGGCGGCGGCGCCCGAGCGGGGUUGGAAGAGCGAGAAACUCGACGAGGCUCAGGCCCUGGCGCGGAGUUGCGCUGCCCGCAGACCCGAUUUCCAGCCGUGCGACGGGCUCUCCAUCUGUGCCACGCACAGCCAUGGCAAGUGCUUCAAGCUGCACUGGUGCUGUCACCUAGGAUGGUGUCACUGCAAAUAUGUGUAUCAGCCUAUGACCCCUGUGGAACAGCUUCCAAGCACCGAGAUUCCUGCUAGGCCUCGGGAACCCACAAACACCAUUCAGAUCUCAGUCUCGCUCACCGAACAUUUUUUGAAAUUUGCAUCUGUCUUCCAGCCUCCCCUUCCCCCUGACUCACCAAGGUACUGUAUGAUUUCAGACCUCUUUAUUGACAACUAUCAGGUUAAAUGUAUUAACGGGAAGAUGUGUUAUGUGCAGAAGCAGCCAGCGCCACAUUCCCACAAAAUGAGUCCUGAGGAGGUCUCUGCACACGAUGCCUUAAUUUCAAAAGAGAGCAAUACACCAAAAAUAGAUCAGUGCUCUUCUCCCUCAAGUUCUGAGGACUCUGGGAUCAAUGCAAUUGGGGCUCACUAUGUGGAAUCGUGUGAUGAGGACACAGAAGAAGGAGCAGAACUGAGUUCAGAGGAAGAUUACAGUCCAGAGAGCAGCUGGGAACCGGACGAGUGCACCCUUCUCUCCCCGUCGCAGUCUGAUCUGGAAGUGAUUGAAACAAUAGAAACCACCGUGUGAGAGUCCAGGCAAGAAGCUGCAGCCUCUGAUCCAUGCUGAGCUUUUGUACCUUUGUCUGAUGGAUCCUUUUUUCCAAUGCUGUUGAUAUUUUCUACCCCUCUUUAACAACCAUAGCAGUUCGGUGGUCUGCUGAUUAGUUUCACUUUUAAAUUAGUCUUACAACUAAGACAUUCUUUUUAUUAUAGUUUUCUUUUGUAUCUUGACUUACUUUCUAUGUAGCAUCUGGUGUCAUAAAUUGUGACCCAGCCUUAAUUUCACUGGGAACUUUGAAAGCAGUGAAGCAAUGAUCACAGAGUGUCAUGGAUCAGAUUGAGGAGCUACCCAGAGUGAAGGACACAGUAUUUCUAAGUAGCUGGUCCUUCGCAGAGAGACUCCUAGUAUUCCUUUCAGCAUGAUCAUGGGCACUUCUGUCCUGCUAAUCCCAUGUGGGAAGCCGCUCACUUGGGAGGAACAGAGUGUGCCCUGGCAGGUGCCAUUUCUUCCUGCCUCCCCCUACCCAACACCUACACUGGGGCUGGACCAGAGCUGCCUCGGCUUACUUCUGGGAGAUCACUGGAAGCCAGCACAGCCCCUGGUUGUGGCCAGUGUCUGCACAACACUCCAUGACUGGGGCUGAGCUAGACCUUCACAUAAGAAGAAACCUCAUCUGUUUCGUGAUCAAUACAGUUUUAGCUGAGCACCUACACUUUGCAGGGUGCUAAGGGGGAGAUACAGAAUGAAUAAGACCUGAUUCCCACCACGAAGGGGCCCAUAAUCCAGCAGGGGAUAUGACACAUGCAGUUACAGUACCCAAAAUGCUCUGGGAACCCGGGGGAAGGUGAGAUGUACUUGGCUUGGGCAAGCUGGGGAAGGUGUUACAGCAUUUGAGCUGGCCUCUUGGGUGAGUUCCCCAACAUUUCCCUGCUUUUCUUAAUUAUUAUUCAAAUCCGGGGAAAACUUUUAGGAAGUUACAUAGGUAUUAUAUUUAGGAGGCAGCCACAUCUGAAUUUUACAGGAAAAAAAAAAAUCAAUUAAUAGUUUUAGUUAGCAUGGAAAUGCUAAAGACAGAAGUCCUUUAGGGAUUAGGAAUGAAUCUAAUAGGUUUGAUUAAUUCUGCUUCAUUUGGUUGUAUGAAGCAUUAGAAUGACUUGAGUGAGAAAUGGAUUAGAAUUCAGUAUGAUGCAUGGAUUUUUUUAUGCAAAUGCAAAAAGAAAAGCAGUUGAAAUAGUUCACUGCUAAGAGAAAAUAUUUUACAUAGUAUUCAUUCAUUUUACUAUACUAAUAUCCAUGGUCUGUUGUAUAUGUUCUCUUUUCUCACAUGCACAAAAUAGUGAAUAUUCUUUCUUAUUUAGCUUUCUCCAGAAUUCUACUCCUAAUCUCCAUUUAUACCAGGUAUUCUCAUGUGAGUUGGUUAUCUACCAUUUCUUCAAAUCUAUCCAUGAGGCAUUAAGAAUCCAGGAAAAUUUAAAUAUGGCCAAAUGAAAUGAGAACCAUCAAUGUUGGAGUUAGAAAAAUACUUCUAACUAUCCAUGAGCAUGCUCUCUUGGCAUUAUCUUGUGCUCUGUCAGCAUUGUGACACGUUUUCUAUGUCACAUUAAUUUGUAUCUGAAGAAACAAGAGGAGGCCCGGUUGUGUUUUUCCUUGAAGCCUCCAUUUGGCAUCCUUCACAAACUUCUCAAGGAAGAAUCUGCUUUCCUAGUUGUACACAUAGUUCAAGUCAUUUACUAGAACUUUUUGUUAGGUUUAGGUGGCCAAAACAUCCAUAGGGGUUAGAAGGCAGAGUAUGCAUUUUCCUUUGCAGUGUUGGUUAAAACUUUCAUUGCUAGAUGACAAUGCAGCAUAAAGUUCCUACUUAUUGAAAUUUAAAGACUCAAUAAGUCAAACCAAGACGGCGGUAAAAGCAACUCCUGGAACAAGGCAAAGGAGAGGACAGGUAGAGGCAAGUGUGGGCAUAAGGGGCUUUCCCCUGCCAUGGCAUGGCCCAGGUGGCCCAGGGACAUCUGAUGAGCCCUGCCUGAGGUUCUCAGGCCCUCCCUUGAGUUAGUGGCCUGCUGUAGGCAGGCAUGGAAGCCACGUGCCUGCAAUCACCCAUCAUCAGGCUACAGCGGUGCAGUCACCCAUCGUGUACUCAGGGUUGUAACAGCAACACCAGGGCCUGGUCUAGAUUUACUCCAUGGGUGAAUUCAUUGAAUCCCCUGGGUGGGCAUGUGGAGGGGCUUCUUUCUCUACACCGUUCCCAUCAAUGCUCUAUUAUGGGCCCACAUUCCCACCCACUAAACUAAUUGGAGUCAACAAGCAGGUUUCCAAAGCCAUGGAAAUACAUGGUCACGGGGCCACAUUUCUGAAACUUGGCUAACUGUCAAGGUUGGGCCCCUUUAUCAAUACUAUCUAUGACUUUGUCUAGGUUCCUGUUUUUUAAACUCCUGAACUGCCAUUCAGAUUAGCCACGAUUUUAAUGUAAUUUUUGGAUUUCACAAUGGUUGAUAAUCACUUUAAAUAUUUGCACAAUCUCUUUAUAAUUAAAAACUCACUAAGCUUCACUUACUACUGUCUAUUGUAUAGAAUUGGAGAUGUUCCAUUGUGUUGUAAAUAUCAUAUACUCCUGGAUCUCAAAACGGCCUUUUCUAAAUAAGCACAAACAAGAAUUCUUUUUUUGUCCUAGCACCGUUAAUUCUCUGAAAUAUAUGAUUGAACUGGAAUUGUUUCUUUAUGCUUGCAUUCCAAAAUCAACUGAUAAGGAUAUAAAAAUGUGUAGUUUCAAUUUAAAUUCUAGGCCUAUUCUGUUCUAUAUUCUAUGAAAGAAUUUUUCUGUAAUGCUGAUAUUACAUUACUGAUUUGUAUACACAUAUUUAUAGGCACUUUAGAAAAUGUUUAGACUGCGACUGCACUAUAGACACUGAACACAGUCAUAUUAAAUAGCCUUGUGAUUAACACUUGCACAUGGACACACAUGAAAGCUUUAUAAUUUGGACCCAGUAGUGCGCUCACUGGAGCAAGAGUUGGGCUGUAUGGAUGGAUAAAUUUCUUUCUUAGGCUUUUGUGGAAACCUGGCACUGUUCCUACUUUUGGAAAGUUGGUAUAAAAACUAGUAGGUAGAGCUUAAGAAAACUAAAUUCCACAUUUAGAAUUAUCUAUCCAAGAUUUAUUUAGAAUUUUCAAGUUUAAAGUAUGCUCAUAACUUUUCUGAGAAAUGACAGGGCAGUUAAAAAAAAUUCUUUUGAAGUUAUUAUAACUAUUUAGUAUAUUAACAGAAAGUUUUAUUAUCAAAUCUGGUAUUUUUUACCUUUUAAUUUUUAAGAUGAGAAUUUGAGGACAACCCUGAAGAACAACAGUUGCUUCCUUGGAUGGGGAAGACUUGUAGUUCAAGGUAAUAUAAUGCAAAACAAAACAAAAACAAAACCACCAAGAGCAGAACUACAUAGUUUUUUUUUUGUGAAAUACUUUUUCGAUUUAUCUUGGGACUAGUUUUAUUUCUUCACUUCCACUUCCUGGUCUAUUUGAAACACUGCAGUUCUUUUGGGAUUGAUCAUAACAAACUCCUUGUGUGCAAAUUUAUUCUUUCCUUGGGUAACAGGGUGCAACUGGAUAAUUUAGAAAGCUGUCAAAAUAUCUAGAUAAGUUUGGUGGUAUAGAUACUGCUAGGCAAGGAAAAAAGCACAAGUUAAAAUAGUAUUUGUUAUCAGCUCUUAAUUAUUCCACAUCUCAUUUGCAAAAUUUUAUUGUGACGUUUUAACUUUUUACAUGAGGAAGACUAAGUUUUAACAGUUUCCUUUCCUAUCCCCUUCUCCAGAGGAGAUGUGAAGCAGAAUCAAGGAGGCCAUUUAUAUUUUAGGCUUUUCAGUAGUUUGUGAUUUUGUCUUUUCCCAUUGAGGAGGAGGAAGAGGGGAGAAGGCAAGUGGGAAUUCCACUAACUGUAUCAGUGCUGUGAGUGUCAGGGAUGUCAGUCUUUCUCACAUCCAAACAUAAACAACUUCUCAAAAUUAAUUUUGGGAUUAUUCACCAUUUAAAAGUUUUGUCAGUGCUCCUUUUCAUUACUAUGGAUAAUUGGGAGUUGACUGUAUUACAAAAGGGCCAUAUUUCAGUUAGUGCUGAGUUCUUUUUUUCUAUUAAGAUUGAAGCAGUGCUCUCUUAGCCUAAAUACAUCUGAAAGUGACCCAUCACUAGCAAUUUUAAUAUUAAGCUUCUAUAUUGUCUUCACAUCAUUUUUGAAGGCUGUUCAUACCUUGCAAUAUUCACUUGCUGUGCUAUUUUUUAAAAACUAUUUUAAAGUUUUAAGCACAAUGUUGAUUCUUCUGUAAUUUCUUAAAAUUAUAUUGUUUUCCUACAGACAGCUCAACUUUCCUUUAUGUAUAAUACUUUAGGAAAAUACUGCCUUGUAAAAUAAACGUGAUUUUUCUUCUUUUGUAUCAGAA